AUGGGCAGUCCUGCAGCCCUCUCCUCAACCAAAUUCUCAGAACAGGGCCAACGGGAGCCUAAGGUAGACCUGACAAGCAGUGCCAGUGAAGAGGCGAUGAAGCGAGAAUCACCAUUAAUGCCUCGCCUUCGCCCCAGAACUCGGUCCUCCUCCACUCGUCCUUCCGUCGCCCCUCCCGCCGAGGUUUUAUGUGUCAGCGGUGAGAUGUCACCCAAAAACUUGAUUCAGCAAGUAACCACCGAAGAUGCAAGUCCUCUUCUUGCCCUAAACACUGAGGAGAUACCCUGCGCCCCAAAUUCGCCUCCCAGGCCUUCUGUUACUGACCAAAGCGUUCAACAGACGGAAACUGUACCCGCAGUGUCCGUCGCCAAGAUCAACGGUGCUGAUAUCUCCGAGUCUGAUCCGUUGGCAUUGGCCGACGAUAGAUCAACGCAGGAGAAGACUCAGCCAGAGCAGGAUUUAAUUGAAAGUCCAGCACAGAAUGAGAGUUUGGCUUAUGACCCUUCACCAAUUUUUUCCGUUUCGCCUACUGGGCCUAUGCAUUCCUCAAACUCGUCGCCGAUAUCUGAAGAACCCACCAGUCCUAUGAAACUGGAGGUACCAGCCUCCCUUUCGGCGUCAGACUCCUCGACUGUGUGCAUGACCAUUUCAGAGGAGUCUUCUCUGGACACCUACCCAUUCCAGGGAACUCCUUCGACACUGAGCGAAAUUUCCGGCCAGCUUCAGGCCACGGAGACCUCAAAAGCUGCAACACCUCUAUCCUCCCGUCCUGCUAACCCUCCUUCCGAAUCCGCCUUCUCCCCUUCACUCCAAGACAUUUCGUCGAGUUCCGCGGAGCACUGUCUCCCGUCGGUGCACUUUUUCUUCCCCGCCUGA